AUGGCGAUACGGACCACAUUGACAGGGCUUGGACUCCUUGGCCUUUGUUCCGCGAUACCAGCCUUACAGCCUCGACAGCUACCGGACCAACUACCAAUCGUCGGCCAGUACGAGCCAUAUAAUAAAGCACGCGGUCCGGAGCUGCCUACACCAGGCGAUCUGACAGGGGCGACGCCAGCGAAGACUGGUGGACCCGCCACUGACGAUGACAUUCUGUACCAACAGCUUAUGGCUGCAGAGUGGAGCGUCGUCAACUUUUACCCGAGAGCAGUGGAGAUCUUCAAAGCGGAUGACUUCACGCAACUCGGCUUCCCGAACACGACCUAUGAUCGCAUCCAGGAGAUCAGGAACAACGAAAUCGGGCACGUCAACAUCAUGGCUGGCUUGAUCAGCGAUGAUGCCGUCAAACCAGGUCCCUGCAACUACACACACAACUUCACCUCACCCGUCGAGUUUCUUGCCAUGCAAACCACCAUAGAAGCCGGCGGCACUGCAUUCCUCCCCGGCCUCAUCUCCGAAGCAGACACAAAAGAUGGACAAUCGACCUUGGCUGCUCUCACGGAAGUUGAGAUUCGCCAUAACAGCUGGUCUUUGAUCGAUAUCUGGAAGUCCAACCCUUUUUCUGGUCCAGCUGACACUCGUUACCCGUACCCGCUCCAAAUUCUCUCCGGUACUGGCGGCUUCAUUGUACCCGGCUCCUGUCCGGAAGAAAACCCACCAUUCCCAAGGCCUGAGAUUGUCAAGCGCGUCAUGGCGAUCGAUAGGACGAAGAGCAAAGGUCGACCGGGUGAGGAGAUUGAGCUCAGCUUCCCGGUCCCGCAACUGCAGCCGCAAUUUGAGGAUGGCAAGGAGUAUUUUGCGGUCUUCUUCCAUGCGCUGAGCAAUAUUACUUGCGCCUACGAUGUACAGAAGAAGACAGCGACUGUGCCGGACGCGUUCGACAAGGAAAAGGGGGUGAUCAUAGUUGUCAUUGCUGAUGAGCCUGGAGCUCCGGACGAGGACAGCGUCAUUGCGGGACCGCUAUUGAUGUUGCAGCAGCCUGCGAGCUUGGUCGAGAUGAUGUAG